CUAGGACAUGCCUUUGUGGUCUCUACGCAUGCGUUAACUCGAACUCGAAAGUGUAGCCUGCUUUUCCACCAUGGAGCCAACUAACUGUCGAUGACCGAAAAGUCGAGACACAAUCAAAUCGAUAUUAAAUCGAUAUCAAAUAUAAUUCGUUAUCGAUUAUUGUAAUGUUCUUGAUUGACAUUUAAAAUAAAGGGAGAAAGAAAUAUUUUUCAAGAAAAGUUAAAUCAAAUCCUCCCCAAAAUAUUCCGAAGUUUAUUUCUCCGAUUCUUUUCAUAAAACUUGAUAAUUUAAAAUUUAUGAUAUUUAUGAAAGCGUCAUUAAGUUGUGCGAGGAAACUCGGAGGAACAUUUGAAAGUGCAAAUUCUACUUCGGCCCCGAAGGAGGCUUGAAGUUUGUAUGGUUGACGCAACAUGUACUGAUUAGAGGUUAUGUCUGUUGUAAUCCAGAAAUAUGAUAUGCAUGUGUGGUUGAAAUGUGCGUGUUAACGAACGUAUAACGUACUUCUCGUAUAUUAAGGAGUCAUACAAAUAAAAAAAAAUGCUUUCUCACGUGCAGGCUAGCUACAAUAAUAAUUUGCUGACUAAAGCAUUGGUGACACUAUCACUCUUCUGGCGUCGAAAAAUGAGAAUUUUUCAAAACCAAACUUUGGAUGAUGAAGAAGAGAUGCCUCUUCCUCUAAUUGAGAAACCAUUUACUACAGAGGAUAAUAUUAUUUCCUGGCUUCGUUUAGUAUCUCCAGGUUUCAUAGUGGACCCCAACAAGGUAUCAGUUCUGUAUGAACCUCAGGAGUUCUAUAGCAAACUUUUAAGUUUAAGUCAAUCUGCACAAUCACAAAUUUCCUUGGCAUCUUUAUACCUUGGUUCUGGCACUUUAGAACAAGACUUGGUAAAUACCUUAUGUGACAAUCUGUCCCGUUCCAAAGGACUGUUGUUGACUGUACUACUAGAUUAUAAUCGGGGUUCCCGAGGACCUGUAAGUUCACGUCAAAUUUUGCAUCCCUUAGUGCAAAAAUUUCCAGAACAGUGCCAUGUAGCCUUGUAUCAUACACCUCUCUUGCGUGAACCACUUCGCUCAUGGCUGCCUGGCCGGGCCAAUGAAUUAGUUGGACUUCAACAUAUGAAACUAUAUGCCUUUGAUGAUACUAUCAUUAUUAGCGGCAGCGCCGAGCGGCAGCGGGUCGACGUGGGUGUUCCCGCUGCUGCAGAUGGCGCAGCUGGGCCUGCGCCACGACAGCCGCGUGACGGCGCGCCUGCU